CAUAUUGGCGUCGUCCGCGCUGUAUUGUCAUAAAUAGAGCCGGUUUUGUGGUGUUUUCACUACUCGUUUGGAUGCCUCGGCUAUAGUAAGUGGGAAAGUGAGAGAGCAAGCGAGCUGCAAGUGACUGGAGGAAAGUGGAUACAGGAAGAAAGGAGGAACGAGAACAGGACUCCACAGCGAAAGACACUCGCUGAAGAGGGAGACGCAGGAAGCGAUGAAAGAGAUGUCUGCAAACACCAUGCUGGACAGCCAGCGUCAACAAAAGCAUUAUGGAAUUACUUCUCCAAUUAGUUUGGCAUGUCCUAAAGAAAUUGAUCAUAUUUACACGCAAAAAUUAAUCGAUGCCAUGAAACCAUUUGGAGUAUUUGAAGAUGAGGAAGAAUUGAACCACAGGUUGGUUGUUCUUGGUAAAUUGAAUAAUUUAGUAAAAGAAUGGAUUUCUGAUGUCAGUGAGAGUAAGAAUCUCCCACCUUCUGUUGUGGCUACUGUUGGAGGUAAAAUUUUCACAUUUGGAUCCUAUAGGCUUGGAGUACACACCAAAGGAGCUGACAUUGAUGCACUUUGUGUAGCUCCCAGACACGUGGAAAGAUCUGAUUUUUUUCAGUCUUUUUUUGAAAAAUUGAAACAUCAAGAUGGAAUUAGAAACUUAAGAGCUGUAGAAGAUGCUUUUGUACCUGUUAUAAAAUUUGAAUUUGAUGGUAUUGAAAUUGAUCUAGUCUUUGCAAGACUGGCAAUACAAACCAUAUCAGAUAAUUUAGAUCUAAGAGACGACUCUCGCCUGAGAAGCCUUGAUAUAAGGUGUAUUCGCAGCUUAAAUGGAUGUAGAGUUACUGAUGAAAUUUUGCAUUUAGUGCCAAAUAAAGAAACUUUUAGACUCACCCUAAGAGCAGUCAAAUUAUGGGCAAAACGACGUGGUAUUUAUUCCAACAUGCUGGGAUUUCUUGGUGGUGUCUCCUGGGCAAUGCUAGUUGCAAGAACUUGCCAAUUAUAUCCAAAUGCUGCAGCUUCUACCUUAGUUCAUAAGUUUUUUUUAGUUUUUUCCAAGUGGGAAUGGCCAAAUCCUGUGCUGUUGAAGCAACCAGAAGAAAGCAAUUUGAAUUUACCUGUCUGGGAUCCUCGGGUAAAUCCAUCAGAUAGGUAUCAUCUCAUGCCCAUAAUCACCCCUGCCUACCCACAACAGAAUUCUACGUAUAAUGUGUCCACAUCAACUCGAACAGUAAUGGUAGAAGAAUUUAAACAAGGUCUUGCAGUUACAGAUGAAAUUCUUCAAGGAAAAUCAGAUUGGUCCAAAUUACUUGAACCACCAAAUUUCUUUCAAAAGUAUAGACAUUAUAUAGUAUUAACUGCCAGUGCAUCAACAGAAGAAAACCAUCUAGAGUGGGUUGGAUUAGUAGAAUCUAAAAUUCGUGUUCUUGUUGGAAACUUGGAACGGAAUGAAUUUAUUACUCUUGCCCAUGUGAAUCCCCAGUCAUUCCCAGGAAAUAAAGAACAUCAUAAAGACAACAAUUACGUAUCAAUGUGGUUCCUCGGGAUAAUUUUUCGGAGAGUAGAAAAUGCAGAAAGUGUUAACAUAGACUUGACAUAUGAUAUACAGUCAUUUACUGAUACAGUGUACAGACAGGCAAACAAUAUAAAUAUGCUAAAGGAGGGAAUGAAAAUUGAAGCAACUCAUGUAAAGAAAAAACAACUUCAUCACUAUCUUCCAGCAGAGAUUCUUCAAAAGAAGAAAAAGCAAAGCCUCUCUGAUGUCAGUCGGUGUUCAGGUGGACUUCAGUCCAAAAGAUCAUCUCUGGAUAGUAGUUGUCUGGAUAGUUCCAGAGACACUGAUAAUGGAACACCUUUUAAUUCCCCAGUGUCUACAAACAAAACUUCCAAACCUGAAAGUCCUGCAGGAGAAGCAGAAAGAAAUAGUGCUGAACCUGCUGCUGUAAUUAUGGAAAAACCACUGAGUGUCCCACCAGCUCAAGGAUUGUCUAUUCCAGUCAUCGGUGCAAAGGUUGACUCUACAGUGAAGGCUGUAUCACCCCCAGCUGUGUGCACUAUUCCUACUGUAGUAGGGCGAAAUGUUAUUCCUAGAAUCACAACACCCCACAACCCUGCCCAGGGACAACCGCAUCUAAAUGGAUUGUCAAAUAUAUCCAAGAAUGUUACACCCAAAAGAUCUCAUUCCCCAUCUGUAGAUGGGACUUCUAAAAGGUUGAAAGACAUAGAGAAGUUUAUUCGACUUGAAUCAGCAUUUAAGGACUCCCAUGCUGCUGAAGAGAGAAAAAGAAAAUCAGUGGAUGCCAUUGGAGGAGAAUCUAUGCCUAUUCCAACUAUUGAUACGUCACGCAAAAAGAGACUACCAAGUAAAGAACUACCAGAUUCAUCAUCUCCAGUUCCAGCAAAUAACAUCCGUGUCAUCAAAAAUUCCAUUCGACUGACCCUUAAUCGGUAAAAGCUGUGCCUCCUCACUUAAGUGAGCAUGCAAUCACAUAGUGGCAUAGAUGCAGCCACUCUUUUCAAAAUAGAAGUGGCUGUCAUACGUAAAAUAGUUGAAAGUUACAGUCAUCAGCCUAACAACCUUGAAGUGGUUUUUGAACUCUCACACUGACCUGCAGAUGCUGUAGCAUUCUCUCACUGAUUGCUACAUACACUCCUCUGAGGAUCACCUGCUAUCAAAUUGUCAUCUACAGUAUUAUGGCUUCGCAUUUGGAGGUUUUACUGCCUUAACUUUUAAUGUUUGUUUCUCUUGUUAUGGGAACCAGUUCUUGGCCACUUGGACACUGAUAAUACAAGUGCUGAACACUUUCUUUUUCCUUUUUUUUUUUUUAAAGUCUUAUGUUUUAAUCAUUGUAUAGAACUGAAAAAGUUGAAAAAAAAUUUUGUUUUGUAAUUUUCCAAAUGUUAAUGCAUUUAUUUUAGUAUUGAAGCCAGUUUGUGAAACCUGAGAUGAAUGAAUGUGAGAUCUUUUCUGCUUCCUUCAUUUGUGUAGAUGUAUUGUCUGUUCUGUUGAUUUAAAUUAUUUUUUUCCAGAUGGCACAUGGAAUAUUUAAACUUUUAUUUUUUGUGUGUGCCUUUCUGUCCUAAUGUUGCAUAGUUACCAGGGAGGAUUAGUCCAGUGAUUACAUAAGAGUUGGGCACCAUAAAUUCUCUGUAUUUUGCCUCCCAUGGAGGCCUUUGAAUGCAUCUUUAUUAAAAAUCAAAAUAUAACCAGGAUACUGAAAGUCAGUAUAUGAAUGGUGAAAUUGUUACAUAUCCUACUAUCUCAUGCCAUUCUUGUUAGUUGACCAGUAUUUUUUACUAAGGAUCAACUCAUUUCACCAUCAACAAGAUACCUUCACAUAUGGCAAACUUGUAUUUUUGAAGUGUAAAAUUAACUCAGCAUGAUAAUCCCUUGACCAUAAUUUACCCCACAACUUCAAAGUUUCUUCAUGGACUAGGCAUGCAGAAAUAAGCAGUGGAUUUUAUUGAACUCUAAAGGCAUUUUUGAAUGACAUUGUUAACAACCAUUUAAUUGGCUCAGGACCUUUGUAAUUUUUAUUUAACUAUAUGAGUUGUCUUUUUUUACACUGCUUUUUUCAAUGCACUUCUUAAUAUUUUUAAGUUUCAUGAAUGCAUGCUCAGUUUAUUAAAAUCCAUAACCAUGUAAUUCUUGUAAUAUGUUGAUUCAGUGUUUUGUAAAUGAAGUCGUAUGUAUUUUCAGAGUAUUUUUGUAUGUACUGUAAGAUACCAUCUUUUCAAAGAGAAACCUUUAAAACCUUUACUGUCUCUCUUUAGUCUAAUUUUUUAAAUAUGAAUUAUGCUUGAAUUAUUAUAUUUAAAAUGAAAAUGUAUAGAUUGCACAGCCAGGAAUGCCAGUGUAUGUUACAGUUCUUCAGCUUUCACUCCACAUUCAGUGGGCUAGUAGGAAAAACAGAAUGGUACAUUGAAUAGUGAAGAAGUAUACCUGGUUGUAUAUUUUAUAGGAUUCAUGGGAUGCCAUCUAGUCAGUGGAGAAAUAGCAGUCCAUUUUCACUUGCAAGCCCUUUAUUUUGAGUUUAAAUUCUUGAAUUCAGAUUGUCAGAGAGCAGUAUCUUCCAUCUCCCACUCCUGUUCCCCAACCCCUAGGUCUCUGAAAUACAAAUUCUAGUGUUUAGCUUGUACAAAGAAAAAUGUGGCAAACUUCUUAGAAGGAAAAAAUAAUUGUUCCAUUAUUAACUUUUUACCUAGCAGCAAAAGAUGAGAAUGAAAUCCCAUAACCAAGGUGUAGCUUCCAUGGCAAAGUCAUUCUCUUAACUGACCCUUUUCCUGUAUUCAAAUAUUUUGGAUUUGUUUUACAAUACUCGUAUUUGAGCAAAAGUGAAUGAUUAUGAAAGAAUUGAAUAACUGUCACUUGACUUCAAACUUUGAAAAUUCUUUGGUAAGGGAUUUAAUUAAAUUUUAUAUACUUGAAGUGUCUGUGUGUUUCUGUAUUUCCCCUCCCCUGCUUUUAAAUCAGCCUUUAACAUUUCUUUAAGAAUUCCUUAUAUAUCCAUGUUUACCCUGUUAUAGAAACAUUCUUUGUAGUGGCCAGUGGAGUUUUUCUUUAACAAGAAACAACAAAUCUGACCCAAUGUCAUAAUAUAGUCAUUUCUCUUAGAUUAAAGAUUCAUUCAGCAUGAUGUUAAGCUAUGGUCAAUGGUUGAAUGUUAGAAUCCUCAAGUAUAGCAUUCUUCAACUUGUUGGGUAAUGGAGGCUAAUUAGAUGCUUUUGAGAUGGUGGGUUUGCUCAGAAGUGAAGUGUUUCUCAUCCUAACAAGUAGGAAGAACUCAGUACAUUUCAUGACCAUGGUAGAAGCCUCGAUUGUACUGGUUCCAGGGUAGUAAAAGGAGACAGUGUGAUCUGGGAUUGUACAUUAUGUUCAGGGGCACUACAUGUAUCCAUUUUCAAGUGAAACUACACCUAGAAAUACAUUUCAUAAAGUCACAUAACCUGUUCUUCAGUAUAUAGACACAUGUUCAUUUUCAUGCAGUAUUAGAUUUUAAUCAUUUUUCAGUGACUAGCUCUGGAGAGUAGUAUAUAUCAAAGGAAAAUAGAUAAUGCUUAAACCUUAGGAACUUAAUUUGAGGUAGAAAGUAACUGGCUUAAAACCUUGUAAAAUUCGGGCAAGAGAAUGAAUUUUCAAAGUUUAUUGGUGCUUAAAAUAAGAUGAACUUUAUCUUAAGGCAGUGUUAAGUGCUUAUUUUAUACUGUAGUAGAAAAUUAAAAAAAAAAAAAUAGGCUAAACUUAUUUUCCACUAUU